CGGGGGGCGCGGGGAGCCCCGGGACCCCCGGGACCCGCUCUGCCCGCCCCGCUGCUUCCCCAGGUCCCGUCCCAGGGGCAGCGAUUCCCCCCAUGGAGAAGGACCGGGAGCCGCGAGGAGACCCCCGGGACCCCUCCGGCCCCGCCGACGCGCCGGGGCCCGGGGAUGGUGCCGAGAGGGCCAAGGCGGCGGGAGAAGGUGGGGACAAGGAGGACAAGGAGGACAAGGAGGACAAGGAGGACAAGGAGGACAAGGAGGACAAGGAGGACAAGGAGGACAAGGAGGACAAGGAGAAGGAGGAGGAGGAGGCUUUCCUCGUCAGCCUCUACAAGUUCAUGAAGGAGCGGCGCACGCCCAUCGAGAGGAUCCCGCACCUCGGCUUCAAGCAGAUUAACCUCUGGAAGAUCUACAAGGCCGUGGAAAAGCUGGGAGCCUACGAGCUGGUGACGGGCCGCCGGCUCUGGAAGAACGUCUACGACGAGCUCGGGGGCAGCCCCGGCAGCACCAGCGCGGCCACCUGCACCCGGCGCCACUACGAGAGGCUCGUCCUUCCCUACGUGCGGCACCUGAAGGGCGAGGAGGACAAACCGCUGCCCCCCAGCAAACCCCGCAGGCAGUACAAGGUCUCCAAGGACGACAGGAGCAAGAGGGCCAGGAAGGAGAAGGGCCGCGAGCAGGUGGCUCCGGACAGGGCGCGGCCGGAGGCGGGCGCGGAGGACGCGGCGGAGCGGGGCCGGGGGACAGAGGGACGCUCCAUCCCGGCCAUGCCGGCCCCCAGCCCCUCGGGGAGGUGUCCCAGCCCCUGCAGGAGCCACGGCGAGACCUACAAGCGCCUCUUCUCCAGCUUCUACUCCAAAGGGAACCACCCCAUCAUGUCGCCGCUGGCCAAGAAGAAGCUGCUGGCGCAGGUCAGCAAGGCCGAGUCCUUGCCCUGCCACAAGCGCCAGUGCCCCGAGGGCCGGCGGGCACCGAGCCACGCCGGCCCCGAGCCGCCCGGGCUCCGCGGCGCUGGCCCGGCGGAGCCGCUGGGAGCCGCGGACAGAGCCCCGAGCGCGGCGUCCCCGGCCGGCAGGGACAGCCAGGGCUGCCCGCAGGACGGCGCCGCGGCCCCCGCCGUCUUCACCGGCUACUUCCACGCCUACCGCAGCGGCGAGGGCCCGCAGCCCUGGGGCUACUUCUCCAGCCUGAAGGAUUUUUGGGGCCCGGCGCGGCCCGAGGAGCCCGAGCAGCCGCGGGGCCAGGCGGGGCGGCCGUGGCCGGGCCGGGCAGGCUGGGUGUCCCCCGGGGCCGCCGCCGGCCGCCCCGGGGAGGAGGAGGAGGAGGAGGAGGAGGAGGAGGAGGAGCCCUUCGGCCCCACGGGCAGCUGCCGCGCCGUGUCCCCGGUGCCCGAGGAGGGCCGGGCCAGGCGGAGCCGCUCCUCGGGCGGGCACCGCGGGCUGGCCGAGCCCAGGGCCGUGCCGGCCGCUCCCGCUUUCGAGGCGGCCGCGCUGCGCUUCCCGGGCGCCUUCGGGAGCCGCCUGGAGCACCUGAAAUCCCGGGGCGUGCCGGUGGUCCCGGCGCUCUCCGUCAGCCCCUUGGUGAUCCCGGCCUUCCCCAGCCCUCUGGUGGUGGCCACCGGCGCCGGCCGCUUUCCCGCGUCCUACGGGAGCUCGCCCCGGCUGUACCCCGCGGCUCCGUGGCACGGGCAGCGCUCCUGCGGCUCCCCGCACGGCCCGGCCUUCCCGCACCACGCCAGGCCCUAGCGGGGCACAGCGGGGGACAGCCCGGGACAACGGGGGAACAG